AUGCUUAGCAAGCAACUAUUUUCCGCCGUCGCGGCGCUUGGAAUGGCGUCCGGCGUCAUGGGCAUAAGCUGUGACGACACGACAGCCACUAUCCGAUCUCAGGCCGAUGCCACUCAACUCGCCAACUGUGAGACUGUUGAUGGAAAUGUGGUUAUCGACAGGAGCGUAGUUGGACUUGUCGACCUUGGUGGAAGCCUCCGAGAGAUUGGUGGUGAUCUGAGAGCAGAAAACAACGGUCUGCUCGAAACCCUGCAAAGCAGUUCUCUGCGGACGAUCGGGGGUGUUUUCGCGCUGCGAAAUGUGACGAGAUUGAACAGCCUAUCUUUUCAACGUCUCAGCUCAGUCGGGAGCAUCGACUGGGUCACGUUGAGCGCGCUGAACAGCAUCAACUUUGGCACCCCCGGCAUUACCAGGGCCCAGAGUGUUGUGAUCGCUGAUACUUUCCUGCAGACGAUUGAGGGUAUCAAUGUUGAGACUGUUACCGACAUCAAUAUCAACAACAACCGACGAUUAGCAAGGUUCUCAUCUAGCAUCAAGUCCUUGUCCAACACUCUACAGGUGCAGGCCAAUGCUGCCAACCUUACCUUCGAAUUGCCCAACCUGACAUGGAUCGCUAACAUGACGAUUGCCAACGUCACGUCGUUCUCUGCUCCCUCUCUUCGCACUGUCAACGGCUCAAUGCGUUUUGACUCUAACGGCUUCUCCACCUUCAUCGCUCCGAACCUUACUGAGAUCCAGGAUGGCGAUUUGUCUUUUGUUAGUAACGCGCAACUGACCAACGUUUCGCUCCCCAACCUGCGUCGCGUUGGUGGUGGUUUCACGAUUGCCAACAACACGGCCCUCGAGAGACUCGACGGUUUCAGCGGCCUCCAAGAGAUUGGCGGUGCCGUCAAGGUCCGAGGCUCUUUCACCAAUGUCCAAUUCCCCGUUCUGGAAGAUGUCAAGGGUGCUUUCGAAGUCACCAGCACCGAGGAUAUUGAGAACGCUUGCUCCAACCUGAGUGGUUUGAGGGGCGGUGUGGUUCAAGGUUCCUUCAGCUGCACGGGCAACAACGCCAAUGCCAACAACGACACCUCCGAUGCUGAUAGCAGCGGUUCCGGAUCGAGCAACAACCCGGACAGCGCCGCCUCGCCUAUCAGUGCCAGCACGCCCACACUCUUCGCGCUCACCGCUCUUGGUGCAUUCUUCACUGUAUUCUUGUAG